AUGACCCAGACUAGUCUUGACCCGGGUUUCGAAGAGGCGCCCGGGUUUUGUUUUUACUCGAACCCGUGGGUUGACCCGAACAAGGUACCCGUGACGACGCUUGACUACCGUUUCCACACGCGAAGGUGA